AUAACUUGAAGAGGGUGGGAGUCCCUAAUAAGCUGCUAUAUUCUUUUUCCAUCACUUCCCUCUCCAAGGCUACAGCGAGCUCGGAGCUCUUCCCCACGCAGAAUGCCUGCUUUCCCCAGUGCUCGACUUCCAUUGUCUAAUUCCCUCAUCCUGGCUGGGGAAAGGGAGAGCUGCGAGUCCUCCCGUUCCGAGGAACUCCAGCUGAAUGCAGCUUAGUUGCUGGUGGUUUCUUGGCCAGCUUCUGUGGUCUCAGGGUUCUGCCUGAGCCUGUGGUUGCUCUGAGCUGCCUGCGAGUCUGAGGCCUCGGGAAUCUGAGUCUUUCGGAUCAGCCUAUGAUAUCUGGGCUUCGCCUGCAAGUCUACGGAUCCGAGAUCUACCUACGGGUCUGAGACCUCCGGGACCUGCCCGUGCCCUCUAGAAUCUUUCUGAACGCCAGGUCUGAGAGAACGCUGCGGCUCUGGAAUCCGUUCGCGGUCUCUCAGGUUUUGGAGACGACGAUCUAGUGGAUCUUUUGCGGGACAGGAGCGCUGUCUGCUAGCUGCUUUUCCUGCUCUCUCUCCCUGGAGGCGAACCCUUGUGCUCGAGAUGGCAGCCACCCUGCUCAUGGCUGGGUCCCAGGCACCUGUGACUUUUGAAGAUAUGGCCAUGUAUCUCACUCGGGAAGAAUGGAGACCUCUGGACCCUGCACAAAGGGACCUUUACCGGGAUGUUAUGCAGGAGAAUUACGGAAAUGUUGUCUCACUAGAUUUUGAGAUCAGGAGUGAGAACGAGGUAAAUCCCAAGCAAGAGAUUAGUGAAGAUGUACAAUUUGGGACUACAUCUGAAAGACCUGCUGAGAAUGCUGAGGAAAAUCCUGAAAGUGAAGAGGGCUUUGAAAGUGGAGAUAGGUCAGAAAGACAAUGGGGAGAUUUAACAGCAGAAGAGUGGGUAAGCUAUCCUCUCCAACAAGUAACUGAUCUGCUUGUCCACAAAGAAGUCCACACAGGCAUCCGCUAUCAUAUAUGUUCUCAUUGUGGAAAGGCCUUCAGUCAGAUCUCAGACCUUAAUCGACAUCAGAAGACCCACACUGGAGACAGACCCUAUAAAUGUUAUGAAUGUGGAAAAGGCUUCAGUCGCAGCUCACACCUUAUUCAGCAUCAAAGAACACAUACUGGGGAGAGGCCUUAUGACUGUAAUGAGUGUGGGAAAAGUUUUGGAAGAAGUUCUCACCUGAUUCAGCAUCAGACAAUCCAUACUGGAGAGAAGCCUCACAAAUGUAACGAGUGUGGAAAAAGUUUCUGCCGUCUCUCUCACCUAAUCCAACACCAAAGGACCCACAGUGGGGAGAAACCCUAUGAGUGUGAGGAGUGUGGGAAAAGCUUCAGCCGGAGCUCUCACCUAGCUCAGCACCAGAGGACCCACACGGGCGAGAAACCUUAUGAGUGUAAUGAAUGUGGCCGAGGCUUCAGUGAGAGAUCUGAUCUCAUCAAACACUAUCGAGUCCACACGGGGGAGAGGCCCUACAAGUGUGAUGAGUGUGGGAAGAAUUUCAGUCAGAACUCCGACCUUGUGCGUCAUCGCAGAGCCCACACGGGAGAGAAGCCGUACCACUGUAAUGAAUGUGGGGAAAAUUUCAGCCGCAUCUCACACUUGGUUCAGCACCAGAGAACUCACACUGGAGAGAAGCCAUAUGAAUGCAAUGCUUGUGGGAAAAGCUUCAGCCGGAGCUCUCAUCUCAUCACACACCAGAAAAUUCACACUGGAGAGAAGCCUUAUGAGUGUAAUGAGUGUUGGCGAAGCUUUGGUGAAAGGUCAGAUCUAAUUAAACAUCAGAGAACCCACACGGGGGAGAAGCCCUAUGAGUGUGUGCAGUGCGGGAAAGGUUUCACCCAGAGCUCCAACCUCAUCACACAUCAAAGAGUUCACACGGGAGAGAAACCUUACGAAUGUACCGAAUGUGAGAAGAGUUUCAGCAGGAGCUCAGCUCUUAUUAAACAUAAGAGAGUUCAUACGGACUAAGUCCUGUAAUUAUGAUAAAUGAUUCAUUUGAAGAUACAAUUUUAUUAUCAUUGAACACCCUCAAGACUGAGCUGCUUUUAUCAUAGUCUCCUAGUUGUGGGCCACGAUUUAAACCAUCAGAGAUGACAAGCCAUUUGAAAUUCUGACCCUCAGCCUUGGGAAUGUUAUCUCCUCCAAAAUGGUGAUUUUUAUUCACUCAGUGGGCUACUUCAUUAAAAUCAGCCCCACAGGUAACUGGAAAUCUGAAGACCAGGGGACAAAUGCUGGUGAAUGCCCAGGCCUGGAAAUAGAGUAAAUCUUUCAAUGUUAUUUUCUCUCAUCCUUGGCCCAAGGAACUAUGCUAAGUGAAACGUGGGACUGUAAUAGGGUGGUCAUGGCUGCUUUGGAAAAAGGCAACUAGAGGCUCUGCCUGAAUUGCCACACCUAUUCACACACCAUAGUAGUUGGGCACACACAUCUUCCCCUCCAAAGGGCUUUUUCCUUGAGUUGCUCAUGCAUUUGUAUCUUUUCCAUCUUCCUGAGGGCAAGAUUUUGCACGAAGAAGGCAAUGAUUGUAACUUUUCUCCUUCUCAUUGUUUCUAAUUAGCUCCUUUAAAGCUUGCAUCUUUGUGAAAGCUAACUGAAGAUACAGUUGGAAAGGAAAAAUAAGACACAGGUUUGGGGACCAAGGACCCAUCAAUGAUGGUGACUUUAGCAGAAGAUGCCCACAGUUAUUACUGCCAUUAUUCAGAUUUAUGAAUUUUCUUUGGGGAUCACUAUAGAGAAUAUUGUAUAGAAAAUAUCUUCAAGAAAAGAUAGGACCAUCAGUGACAGUUAAGUGUAAGGAGCAAGUGGAAUUGACUCCUUCAGGGAAGGAACCAGAGUCCCUUCCCAAGGAAUGUAGGUCGUUUCUGUGUUCUUUCCCCUCUAAUCUUUAAGAUCAACUCUUCCUAUCCUGCUAACUCUAAGAUUUGAUAAGGGCCACAUCCCAGUGUUUAUCUUAGCUUGCAUCAGGGCAUGUGUAUGUACAGUAAUGUGUAUUCCUGUGGUUUUUCUAAUAGCAGAAACUGAAUUUACAGAGACUUAGCAUGUUCUUGGGUGAUGUGAGUCAUGUGACAGAAGUAUAGACAUAACUCCAAUGUGAGAAAUGUCCUUUUUUCAUUAUGGAAAAUAAUUUAAACACUAGUGCUUUAGUGUGCACUCUCCUGUAAGGUCUGUCUUUGUACAGAGCUAAGUACUUGUUUGUAUGUGUUUGUCAAUUGUGGAAGAUAAUGACCGGACAAAUAGGUCGAUUGUCCUAUUCUCAGAAUGAAUUAUCUUCUAUGGCAAUGAAGAACUCUUUGGCUUAGUCAGAAGGAAUUAACAAACCUCGGUAGGAAUGUAUUUCCAUCCUCCCACCCUACAGAUAUAAGUGGUUAAAAUAACAGUUCACCCAAUUUAAGCCCAGUAGUGUCAGUUUUCCUAAUCUCAGUCCAGGUAGGAAUUAAAUAUCUCAAGUGUUGAUGCUAUCCAAGCAUGUUGGGGUAGAAGGGAAUUGGUACCCAGAAAAUGGGACUGGAGUGAGGAAUAUCUUUUCUUCUGAGAGUACCCCCAGUUUAUUUCUACUAUGCUUUAUUGCUACUGUUCUUUAUUAUGAACGUUGUAACAUUUUAAAAAUGUUUUUGCCAUAGCUUUUUGGGACUUGGUGUUAAAGGAGCCAGUGGUCUCUCUUGGGUAGGGUACUAUAAUGAGUUAUGGUGACCCACAGCUGUGUGGGACCACAUCACUUGUUAAUAACACAACCUUUAAAGUAACCCAUCUUCCAGGGGGGUUCCUUCAUGUUGCCACUCCUUGUUUUUUUUUUUUUUUUUUGAGACGGAGUCUCGCUCUGUCGCCCAGGCUGGAGUACAGUGGCACAAUCUCGGCUCACUGCAAGCUCCACCUCCCGGAUUCACGCCAUUCUCCUGCCUCAGCCUCUCCGAGUAGCUGGGACUACAGGCGCCCGCCACCACGCCUAGCUAAUUUUUUGUAUUUUUUAGUAGAGGCGGGGUUUCACCAUGGUCUCGAUCUCCUGACCUCGUGAUCCACCCGCCUCGGCCUCCCAAAGUGCUGGGAUUACAAGCGUGAGCCACCGCGCCCGGCCGCCACUCCUUUUUAAGGACAUACUCAGGCAAGGAGCAUGUUUUUUUGUUAUUUACAAAAUCUAGCAGACUGUGGGUAUUCAUAUUUUAAUUGUCGGGUGACACUUGUUCUUGGUAACUAAACUCAAAUAUGUCUUUUCCCAUAUAUGUUGCUGAUGAUUUUAAUAAAUGUCAAAGUUCUCCUGUUGCUUCUGUGAGCCACUUUGGGUAUCAGCUUGGGAGUGGCCAUAGAUGACCGCAUUUCCAUGACCUAACUGUGUUUCACCCCCUUUUCCUUCCCUACUGUUCUUGCCCCACCCCAACCAGUUCCUGCUGCUGCUUUUGGCUUCUUAGAGGUGAAGGGCUCAAAACAAGACUUCUAAGCACCCAGCUAUCUCUGUACAUGAACAAUCUAGCUGGGAAACUUAAAGGACGAGGGCCACACCAGCUGUCUCCUCUUUCUGCCAAUUGUUGCCCGUUUGCUAUGUUGAACUUCGUGUAGAACUUAUGCAUCAGACUGCCUUCACUAAUGCUUUUUGCAUGCCUUCUGCUCCCAAGUUCCUGGCUGCCUUUGCACAUCCCGUGAACAGUUUGUGCCUGUUUUCUAUGGUUGUGGAGAGUGAAUGAACAAAUCAAUAUGUAGAGCAGUUUUCCUUAUGGUAUUGGUCACAGUUAUCUUAGUGUUUGUAUUAUUCUAACAAUAUUCCAUAAUUAAAAGCAUAAUUUUUAAAGUCAGCAAA